AACGCUCUCCUCCGCUGAAGGCGCGAGAAUGAGAACCUGCGAAACGGCGCGUCGAGGGUUUUUUUUGUUUUUUUUUGACAGACGCGACAUUAAAGCGUUAGAUAUCGAAAAACACCGACUAUCUUAUUAAACGUUUGUGGAAAGCUGCAAAAGAAACAUUUUAAAAAGGCUUUACCGUUGUGAAGUGUUUAAGGAGACAUUCUUUCGUGCUAGCUUAGUUUAGAAAAGUCGUUGCUAAGCUAACAGUUUAGCUUCAUCAGUAACGAUGACGACAACGAAAAAAAAAGAAAACGAUUCUACACUUCCUUUCCCUGCACUUCAGCUCUUGGCUCCUCCUGUGCGUUUGGUGUCUGCAGCGGUCUGGAAGGUGAUGAAGCAGAGAGAUGUGAUGCAUUAUGGGACUGUGGAGGAAUUUGUGACGUCGGCCUGUGACGGUGUCCCUGGGUUGCUCACGCUGAGACACCAGGGCAGGCUGACGCUGGGGCUGAGGGCACGGUUAAUCCUGGAGCUCUGCAGCAAACAGCCUGAUGCUGAAUUGAUUCAACCUCACCUGGAAAGGAUCCGAGCUCCUGUCGUCCCAUCAACGUCCUCAGCCUGUCCUGUGACUGAAGAUGUAAAAAUCAUGAAAACAGUUUCUAGUUUCCACGAGUUCGUUCAGACCCUGCUGACAGACCCGGAUGAAAGAGAACGGUUCUUCCAGGAGGAGUUUUUGGUGGAUUAUGGUCCAACUUUUGACCAGGAGUUGGAGAAGCUGCUGUGGGAGUUCCUGGUUCGACUGGACCAGCUGCUCCCUGUGCCAAACCUCAAACAGACUGUGUCGUGGCUCAGCACUGCCCCUGCUGUCCUGGAGGAGUGUGCGCAGGUGGCCACUCAACCCCAGCUUCUGAAGACUCUGCUUGAGCAUGAAUCCUGCCUCGGUCACCUCAGCUCAGCGGCAUCUCUCCCCCCAAACCUGGGAGAAUCCAUCCUGAGCUCACUUUCUCUCCCACUGUCUGGAAGAGUAGCAUCAGAUAAACCUUCAGGAUCAGGGGGCCAACCCGACGCUUCCGGUCAUAUGAGAGACACCUCUUCACACAAAGCGCCGUUUAUCACGCCGGUUUUUGGACUCAUGUCUAAUGAAGAUGUGCCAGUCAUGAACUUGGUUAAUAAAAACGCACUGAUGGGGGGCGAUGCAGCUAGCUUAAAAAAUGAAACAAAUGUACCCCUCAAAAAUAAUUUGAAAUUCCCAGCAGUUAAAAGGAGGCGGAGUGCUGAUGAAGUAAAAGUAGCAGAACCAGGACAGCUGGAAGAGACGCUGAGUGUUUUAGGCUGCGGUGGGACAAUGAAACGCACACAGCCGUGCACAGAAAACGAGUCUGAAGAAGGAGGGGAGGGCGUGGCCACUUCAGCAAGGAGGAGAAUAAGUAGGAGUUUGAUUAGUGAAUCCUGCACGCUCAGUCAGAGCCAAAAUGUAACCAAGAGCAAAGUCCAGACUGUCGACGAAGAAGUUGACGCGCUAACAUCCCACUUGAACCGUCUGGGCGUGAAAACGCUGCGUCUGCCAGAAGACCCCUCCCUCCAUUCUGUCUUUCAGUGUUGUCUGCUGAAUCAGCCCAGAGUUGUCGUUGACAGACUCCAGAUGACGUCCACCAGCUCAGAUGGGACGAGUGUGCGAGGGACGUCCUCUCACGUGUGCAGCCAGAACCAGCGGAGGGCGUCUCCAGUAAGAGCUCGGACCAACGGCAAGCCUGAAAAACUGCGCUUGGAUUUCGGCUUGAAUGAUAAAGAAAAUCACUGCGAGCUGCAGAAUCUAAAUGGCUCCUCUCACCAGCGGAUUAACUCUGCUGUGUCAGUGGUUUCUGGUGAUGUUGAAGAUUAUGUCGCAGAUUCUGAAGACGAGGCAACAAAGAACUUCAAAGGCAGGCUGUUCCAGAGGCGUUACUACAAGACCAAGUACGGGACGUACGUCCCCACUCUGAGGGAGUUCUGGAAACCAGCGAUGGUGCGACGCAACUUGACUUCUGACAACAAACACAGAUGAUGGAAUCAAUCAAUGCUUUGAAAAUUAAUAGCCCCCAACCAACCGCACUGAGACAGUCAGACAAUUUCAUGUUUGUCACCAAAUAUGGAUGGUGAUUGUUUUUAUUACCCGUGCUUGUUUGUUUUGGUUUUUUUUUUUGGGGGGGGGGGGGGGGGGGGUCUGUGCACUUCUUCCAAAGCUGAAGGUUCUUGGUUCAAGACCAUCUAUGCCCAUUCUCCAUGGAAUGUGGAUUUGUCAGGGAGGGUGUCCAGCUGAUCCAUAUCUGACUUGAGGUGGUGUCCUCCUGCCCCCCAAGUGAAUUUUAAAAAGGGGGGGCUGAAAGAACUUAAUAUAACAUCUUUGUUUUUACAUGUUCAUCAAAGCAAACAGAUUUCAGUUAUAUUUUUGAUCAGCCCCAAAAUACAACCAUUAGAACCAGAGUGUUGUUUAUGUUGUAAGCUGUGUUGAUCUUACAAAUGAAGUCUGAAUUAUGUUGUGCUUUUAUUAAAAUAAAGUUUCAUUUUAAUUUGAAA